CUAGGCUGGUUUAAGAUGUUUUUAAUGAAAAAUAACAACAUUUCAACUGUUGCCAGAGAUUUACUUGUAUAAAUGUUUACAUUUUUCCUAAUUAAACAAUAAUUUAAUUUUACAGAAGUUACAUGCAUCAUUAAUAUCUUAAUAUCUGCAUGCUUUAUCCGGUAUAUUUAGUGUAAUUACUUCAAGACUCAUUUAACUAUUAAAAUUGUAAACUUUUUCUAGGUGUUUGCAAAGUUCACAGAAAUAAAUGAGGAUAGACCAGCAUAUUAUAUUUCCAAUCAAAUUAUUACAUCUUUUAUAUAAUAUUUACAUUACAGAUAAAUGUCUUACUAAUUAAUUCCAAAAAACGCUAAUUUGCCUGAAUGUAAAUUUGGGAAACUGAUUCCAAACGCUGGCCUUAUAGUUUAGAAAUAAACAAUCUUCAUUGUGUAUAAUUAAUUCGAUCUCUGGGAUACACCAAAGCGUUCUAAGCUCUUUUGGAUACACACAAGAAAACGUGGCUUGUUUUUAAAAGUUUUUCGAGGUGGUCUCGCGCUGAUGACGUCAUCAGGAGUGCGCGUUCCUGGAUCUUCCAAAGGCGUCCGAAGCGAGACGAGGUGCGCGUUUUACGCUAUUUCGCUUGCUUUUCCGGAGUAUAAAGUUACUUUUUGGACAGUUUUAAGCAGCAUUGGUUUACUGAUAAAUCUCCGAACGAGUUUCUUCGACGCAAUUAUGGUUUGAUGUAUCUGUUUGUCCUCAAUCAGUUCAGCUGUAAAUAUUGGAGUAUUCUCAUCAGUCUACAAGUAAAGAUGAGCACGAGGAAGAAGUGAAAUCUGCAAGUUUUUUGCACAGAGAGAUGAUGAGUGAUCCAGAACCCUGCAGAAUUAAAGAGGAAGAAUCCAGUGGAAUUAAAGAUGAAGAGUCUGAGGAACAAAUAGAUCAGCUCCUCCUCCUCAAAUAAAGCCCCUCCUCCUUUUGUUCAGCUAUUAUUACUAGAAUUUUCCCAUCAGUCUACAAGUGAAGACGAGCAUCAGGAAGAAGUGAAAUCUGAAAGACAGAGUUUACUGAAGGACAGUGAGAAGAUGAGUGAUCCAGAACCCUGCAGAAUUAAAGAGGAAGAGACUGAAGAACAAAUAGACCUGAUGGUGGAGAAUCCGGAGAAACCCCAUGUCAGGAAUGGUUUCACCUGCACUUGCUGUGGAAAGAGUUUGGCAUGCAAAAAGAGUCUCCAUUAUCACAUGAUGAUCCACACUGGGGAGAAACCGUACACGUGUCCUCUAUGCUUGAAGAGUUUCAGAUAUCCCUCAUCCUUCCAUCAACACGUGCGGAUCCACACUGGAGAGAAGCCACACAAGUGUGACCAAUGCGACAAAACCUUUAUGAAGGCUUCAAAGCUGAAGAUCCAUUUUAGAGUUCAUACAAAGGAGAAGCCGUAUCCGUGUUCUGAGUGUGGGAAGAGUUUUUCAGUUCGGUCGAGUUUGAUAAAUCAUCAGAAGAUCCACACUGGAGUGAAAGAGCACGUGUGCUUUGAGUGCGACAAGGCUUUUAUCACAGGCCCAAAACUGAAUCGCCACCAGAGGAUUCACACUGGAGAGAAACCGUUCAAGUGUUCACACUGCGACAGGAGAUUCAGCCGGUCAGAACGUCAAAAAAUACACGAGAGGAUCCACACUGGAGAGAAACCGUACAAGUGUUCACACUGCGACAAGAGCUUCAGUCGCUCGGAAUAUCUAAAAUCACAUGAGAGGAUUCACACUGGAAAGAAAGUCUACUGACGACACCGGUGCAGCAAAACAUUUUAAUUUUCACAUCAGAAUCGUAAAUCGGUAUGGCAUAAGUACUUGCAGUAUUUAAGGUACUUAAGCUAGGGGUCUCAAACUCAUGGCAGAGGGGCAUUUCAGUGACUGAAAAUUCAUAGGAGGUGUGCUGAUUCGCCUUUAUUUAAUCACCCUAAUUAAACAAAGUUAAAAUCAGGAUCCUCCCUUCGCUAUAUUUCUUAGUUAGAGUUUAGUUAAAGGAUCGUCUUUAAAGAACGUAUUUUGCAAAAGAAUAAAUUAGAUCAUACUUUACCACACAGGGUAACUUGAUGGGUUCUGGAAAUGAAUUCAAUGUCCACUCCAGUGAAGAAAAGUAAAAAAAUACACUUUUAUUAAUAAAACAAAAUCCAGUGAAAAAGUAAAAUAAACAAAAGACAAAUAACAGAAACAAAAAUCCUUACUUUAUUCUCCAUUGAGAACAAAGGGCCUACGACUCUCAGUAUACAGAAAGCGCAAAGCUAAAGAGUACAAGUCAGCUUUUAUACUCAAUGUCUCAUAUAAUAGUGUUCAUAAAUCAUGCAAAAACUACUUAACUCAUACAUUCAAGGAGCAUGCUAAAUCACUUGAACAAUAGGAAGACAGAUAUAUGAGUACAUAGAAAUCAAUACAUGGGCCUUUUUAAUAUCAGCCUCACUUCCCUCAGUUAUGCCCCAGAUUUAGGUGUUCGAGCUCGGUAGAAGUACGAGGAGGGAGUUCACCUAAAGUACAAGGGAGGGGGUCACUUGAAGUUCCAAAGGGUUCACAGAGAGUUCGUCCAGCUGGUUUGUUGGCUCGGCGCGCCCUCUGCCGGAGACGCCUGUUCUUUCUCUUACGUUUCACUUCAUCACUAAGAGUUGUGCUUUUACGCAUAGGAAUAUCAGAAUACAUCAGUGAUUUUUUUGUGUCUCACAUGAUUAAUGUCAUCUGACCCAUCAAACAUCACAGAGGGCCCUUUUAACAUUCAAGCACAAGAAAGAAGUGGAAACUUGACAUAAUUGAUGCACCUUAGGACAAUUUCAAGCAUUACUUGUCACCAGUGAUAAUGCAAAUCAGCACGUUUAUCGUGUCACACAUCAGCUGCUGAAUUAUAUCUGUGGUUGUCCGAGCGUUAGAUGGUGUUGGAAUAUUUGGCCAAUUCCUUGUGUGUUCAAAGGUCUGGAGAGGGUUUUCUUUAAUGCCAAAAAUAUUAGUAGUUUAUCAGAUACAACUGAAUAAUUUGAUGACAGAGCUCUGGGUUACGUUACCCCAAUGCAAUACAAGAAUUACAUUCAAAAGGUUCGCAACUCACAUACAUUCCCUGACUCCAGCAUAUAUACACAACUGAUAUUAACAGGUGGAGUUUUGGUGUAACGUCACUUAUCAGUCAUUCUGCAGUCCUUUUGCUCUUGUACUCCCAGACAUACUUCCUCUUUCUGCAACCCCUCUCUGCAUACCAGAACUGAACAAUUACGUGCAUCUUUACUAUAUUUUACAUCUUCUACAAAGCAUCAUGACAACUUGUGACAUGUCUAGACUUUGUAUUAAACAAAGGCCCCCACACUUAUUCUGCUUUUUCCACUUGUCAGCAUGUUCCUUAAAGUAUGCAGCACAGUAAAAAAGAGGACGUGUGUCUGGUCAAGAUGUGUUAUAAUACAAUAGAAAAGAUUGAUUAAUCUGCUGUUAGUCUAAACAUUUUUCUAAUAAAUAAAAACACAAAAGUAAUAAAAAUAAAUUCCUUUUUUCCCCAACAAUACACACUCAGUCAUUCUUCCACAGAGUAAAUGCAGUCAAAACUCCAGCUUUUAGUUUCUUCUUGUACAUAUUAAAGGGGGAGUUUAAAUAGCCCUGAAUAUACUACAAAUAAUAGGUAUUGUAAUUAUUAUUCUGUCCCAACUAAUUGUAUUGUCCCAACAGCGUAAAAACAGCAGUCUGGGAAACUUUAGUGACUUUACUGGCAGUCCGUCUUCUCAAUAUCUUUCAACAAAGAAUGGAAAAGUAUGUAAAUAUUCUCAUUUACUUUAACAAGUUCAAUUCAACCUGCUGUUAAAUGUACAUAGCUUUCAUAGAAAUCUCUGUAGGCAUCUAUUAAAUGAGUCCAUUUGAAUCGAAUAUUAGCAAAGUGAUCAUAUUUGUUACAGCACCAGCAUAAUGUGUAAGCCAUGAGGAAGUGUUUGAUAAAAUACAAGUCGUGUAAAACUGAUCAAACAACUGCUUAAGACUUAAAAAAGUAGAACUUUAGUAAAAAAAGGACACAUAUAUUUCAACAUUUAAAUCUGCCAUGGAAAUAAAACGCAUGUGAGUUGCUCUCGAGCACACACUGAGAAAAUGAAAGUGAAACUAAUCUGAGUGCAGGACUUUAAAUGUUGACUAGGGGGCUGGUCAAAACCACAAGUGGCUAGAUGCCACUGAACAACAAUGAUUCAUUCAUUCAUUCAUUCAUUUUCUGCCGCUUUUCCGGGGCUGGGUCACAGGGGCAGUAGUCUUAGGAGAGAACCCUAGACUUCCCUCUCCUCAGACACUUCCUCCAGCUCCUCCGGGGGGAUCCUGAGGUGUUUCCUGGCCAGCCGGGAGACAUAGUCCAUCCAGCAUGUCCUGGGUCUUCCCCGAGGCCUCCUCGUGGUGGGACGUGCCUGAAACACCUCCCCAGGUAGGCGUCAAGGAGGCAUCCAAAACAGAUGCCCGAGCCACCUCAGCUGACUUCUCUCCAUGUGGAGGAGCAGCAGCUCUACUCCGAGCUCCUCCCGGGUGUCAGAGCUCCUCACCCUAUCCAUAAGAGUGCGCCCUGCCACCCUGCAAAUGAAAGUCAUUUCGGCCGCUUAUAUCCGAGAUCUUGUCCUUUCGGUCAUGAUCUAAAGCUCAUGCCCAUACAAUCCGGUCAAUCUACGUUCCUACUCUCACCUAUGGUCAACAGCAAUGAUAGUGGUUCAGAUAUGCAUGUUUUGGUGGGGCGAAUCUUAUGUUUUUGACAUCGGUUGCGGGCUGGAGGGAGGAGGAGAGUGGACAGUUUGAGACCCCUGACUUAAAGACUGCAAAUACAAACAACAGUUCUGUAUAAAUUAACUCAAGAGUAGCAGAAUAUUUGUAUGUCUAAGAAAUACAUUUUGCAAAUAAAUCUCUUUUUUUGACUGAA